AUGGUAUGCUGCUUUGGCAAGAAAGAUGAACGGACCAAAACCAUUGAGAAAGAAUUGCACAAAGAACGAAAAAUUAUGAGAAGACAAAUAAACUUACUUCUUCUCGGAUCUGGAGAAUCUGGAAAAUCCACAUUUGUAAAACAGAUGCAUAUCAUUCAUGGAGCUGGAGAGUUUACAGCAGAUGAAGUUAGAGCAUAUAGACAACAGAUUUAUCAGAAUGCAAUCAGUGCAAUGCGAGUAUUGUUAGAUGCCCGAAAUAAAUUAGGAAUAGCAUGGGAAGAUCCUAAACGACAAGUCGAAGUAGAGAAAGUGAUGAGAUUCACAGUUGGCGACUUAUUGAAAGGUAUAGAUUUUACCACAUUUGUUGAGGUUGCUCCAAUUAUUAGUGACUUUUGGAAUGAUGCUGCAAUCAGAAAAACUUACGAACAGAGGAACUUAUUUCAAAUUAGUGAUUCUUGUCAAUAUUUCUUUGAACAUAUUCCACGAAUCGCCAUGCCUGAUUUCUAUCCAACCAAUCGAGACAUUUUAUUCUGCCGAAAAGCAACACGAGGAAUCUCUGAGCACAUAUUCGAAAUAAACAAGAUCCCAUUUAGGUUCAUUGACGUCGGCGGUCAACGAUCACAACGCCAAAAAUGGUUCCAAUGUUUCACAGACAUCACAAGUAUUUUGUUCAUGGUGGCGAGUAAUGAAUACGAUCAGGUGAUUCUCGAAGACAGACGGACAAAUCGAGUGGUAGAGUCACGAUCUGUUUUUGAGACGAUUGUCAACAACAGAGCGUUUUCAAAUGUCUCGAUUAUUUUGUUCAUGAACAAAAAUGAUUUAUUGCAAGAGAAAGUGCCGAAGUCGGAUAUUCGCCAGUAUUUCACAGAUUUCACCGGUGAUCAUACUUUAGUACGAGAUGUCCAAUUCUUCCUUGUUGACAAAUUUGAAGCUUCCCGACGUGAUCGUGCUCGACCGUUCUUCUAUCACUUCACAACUGCUGUCGAUACUGAAAACAUCAGACGAGUAUUCCGAGAUGUGCGAGAAAGUAUUCUGGAGCAAAACUUGAAAACUCUCAUGAUGCAAUGA